AUGAGCAGUCAUCCAAUCUUUAUUUCGGUUGUCACACCGUCACACAAUCGUUUGGAAUAUUUAAAAGUGGCUAUCAUGAGUGUACAAGUCAAUGUGUUAGCACCAUUGCCAAUCAAAUUUGAGCAUGUUGUUCAUGACUGCGGUUCAACUGACGGUACCAAAGAAUAUUUUGAAACCAAUCUACCAAUGAAAAAUAUUCUCUAUAUCCAGGAUCAGGGUGAUAACAAAGAGGCGACUAAAGAUCGAAAAAUCGUCAGAGCGACCGAAGAUAAACGAAAGGAUGGAAAGGGUGAAUUGACCGAAAAUAUUAUCUAUAUUCGAUCUGAACAUAAAGUGCCGCCAUCACAAGCACGGAAUAUAUGUAUUCGACAAGCACAAGGACAGUUUAUUUGUGUACUGGUGAGUCUGUUUAUGGAUCUUAGACAAGCCCACCAGAGCCAAAAGAUAUAAUGAUCUAAAAAUGGUCAGUUUCAGAUCCAUUUAAAGACCAUGACUCUUAGACCAUUCAAGAUCCUUUUUUAAAGACCUGAUACUUAUUAUUUUUCCAAGAUGUAGACAGUAGCAUUUUAUUGUCGUAUUUCUAACAAGGGAACCUCUUGAGGUUAUUAACCGCUUUUGAACUCAGACUACUUUUAUCUUGUAGAUCUCAGCGAGUAGUGAAAUACCCUAAGUUGGUUUGUACCCAUGGUGCUUUGUUGCUGAGAUACUGGACUUUUAGUCAGUUUUUGCCUACAGAGCUUGGAUUUCGAGCAAAAUCCACCUUUCGAAUUUUGAUUUAAAACUUGCCACAUUUGUAGCUCAUAGUCAUAGUAGUACGACGGAAAAAUAUUCAAUGCUAAUAAAUCUUCCUGCCUGAGUUAUUGAGACUCGAAUAUUUGAUCCUCACCCUUACUUUCUGUGAAAUGUUCGAGUCUCAAUAACUCAGGCAGGAAGAUUCA